AUGGGAAAUCAAGUCUCCUCCUCGAGAGACUUUGAAACACAGGAGCUGAUCCAUCAGAGGAGGAGGAGGAACGGGACUGUGCACCUCCGAAAUAAGCUGAGAGACGUGGGACAAGAGAGGGGCAAGAGAACUUCAAAUGUUUCCAAGGAAACCUCUUCAAGAACAGCCGCACCCGGCUCCCAGACCAGGGGCAACCGGGGAAUCGGGAAGCCGUCUUGCUGCGGGUACCGGUUCUCUGCCCUUCGUUGCCCAGCCUCGGCCACAGUCCGGCCUCCAGCCACGGUGGUGAAGCUUCAGCUCUCGCCUUCACUUCAGCCUUCCCCUCGGCUCUGGCCCCGGAGCUCCCCAAACCGGCCUUCUUCCUCACUCUCAGCGCCAGCCGGCCGCGCGCCAGGCCCCCUCCCUUACCUGCGCCUCCCGCCUGGGCCCCGCCGGCCACCCUCCACCCCGGUCGCCGCUUCACCCCGUUCAGGCGCGGAAAGCCAGCUCCGGAGCGCAGCGACGGGGGUACUCGGGCCGCCGGCGGUUGCUGCAGGAAGCAAAGCCACUUACAUGGUUGAUGCGGCUUCUCCCUUCCCCCGAAGGCUCCGCCCCCUGUCCCUCCUUCUCUCCAAUCCGCAAUUCUCCCGGCCGCCGGCCCCGCCCCCUUCUUCCCGUCCGCGCCACGUUUGGAUCAGACGCCCAGGCAAAAAGAGUCGAGUUCAGAUAGAGUCGUCCUCGACAGCUUGGCUGGUUAGGCCGCCUCCUCCUUCCCAGAGGAAGGCAGGGCGACUGCAUGCGUGAGCAUCACGCGUGUCGGGUCACCGGACGGGUGCUGGCUGGGCCACCGCGGUUACCGUAUGUGUUCGAUGACAUGGGCUCUCGUAAUGUUACCGCGCUCAGCGUUCCUAGGGACUGACACUCAGGAGAGCGAAGACUGUUGUCACACUUAAGUGACUCCGUCAAUAACUGGCCAAUGACCUUAAGCAAAUUACUAACUUCCUUAGGCCCCUGCCCUCUUAACUGUAAAAUGGGGCUGAUAAUGAUACCCACUUCACGGACAGUUUUUUUGAAGAUUAAGGAAAACAUGGCACGUAAAGCCUUUGGCACAGCGCCUUACCCAGAAGAGAUAAAGAGAAUGCCCAUGUGUUGGGGAGGGGCUGAUGAAGUGAGAGAGAGAAUCCCAAGCAGGCCCCAGUGCAGAACCGAACUCGGGGCUCAAUUCCAGGACCCUGGGAUCAUGACCUGAGUAGAAAUCAAGACCGGGAUGCUCAACCAACCUAGAAGGCCCCAGAAUGAGAUGGUUCUAAUGAUUGAGUAGCCUCUGUAAGUAAACCAAAACCGAAGCCUAGAAUGCCUCAAAAGUUAUGAAUUUGAAACCUAAGGACAACCAAUCACCAACAGCCACCCAGGCUUUCCUAAAUAUGCAACCGCCUAAGAUGUGGUCAGUCAAAUAAUGUUCUUGCUUUGCUUCUGCCUCUACAAGUCUUUCCCCUAGCUCCUGUCGGUGGAGUGCUUCCGAUCAUUUCGCAUUUGGCAAUGUCUGAUUCCUGCUCAAAUAAACUCUUAGAAAUUUUAAUAUG